AUGACGGGAACAUCAGUUCUUUCACCAACGCCUGAAGCAGAUCGCGUACUCGACACACCGUUGCAUCAUCAACCCAAGGCAUCCCCCACCAGCAAUGAGACACUAGGUGGACUCCACAUGAUCAAAGAACGCGAUGAAGAAAGUGGCGAGCAGCAGCAGCAGCAGGAUAGAGACACUGUUCGACAAAAAUAUGAGAGCAUGACCUAUGAUGACUUGGCACAACGCAUGGCAGAGAAUUACAAGCAACUUUCAGCUGUAUUAGGCACCAAUGCUUUGAAUGCUAUGAGAGAAUCAACAUCAUCGACGACACGAGACGAGCAUGAAGAACGAGAAGCGACUGAAACAGGAGAUGCAAAGACGGCUGAUAUUGAUAAUGAUGAUCAUGGAUUGGAUGAUGAUGAUGAUGUUGAUGAGGAACAAGUGAUUGAUCGAGAUGAUAUUGAUGACAAGACCAAACGAGCCAAGAUGACCAAACUAUUUUGUCGAGCAGCAUCGACUGGAGACGUUGACAAGGUGACGCAGUUGCUACGUGGGCGAUAUCGGUCUUACAUUGAUAUCGAUGCAAGGGAUGAGGACGGCACUACGCCCUUGAUCUACGCCGCCUGCUUUGGCAAAGUCGAGAUUGCACAAGCUCUAUUGGAUGCAGGAGCAAAGACGGAUGUCCAAGAUUCUUUCGGAUGGUCAGCAUUAAUGUGGGCAACCAACAACAACCAAGAUGCGCUUGUCAAGGUUCUUCUCGAGAAUGGUGCAUCAUCACAUACCAAGUCAGCCAAAGGUCGCACCGUUUUCGACUUUGUCAACACCGAUAAUCAAAAGAUAGUGGAGAUCUUGGCAACCAAUCCACGUGAUAGCGUAUCAUCCACUUCGAGUAUCCUUGGUCGUGCAGCUGGUAGCAUGUCUUCAGGCUCAUCCAGUGCCGGUGAUUAUGAUUUCUAUUAUCAAUCGACACUUGAAGGCUAUGAUCAUUUCAUGACCGAGGAAGCUGAUCGACGUCGCAAACUACUGGAGACAGCCAUGGCACUUGCUGAUGGUGGAGUUCAUCCUAGUGAUGUUGAUGAUGAUGAUAAUCCAUUGGAUGAUCACGAUGACUUGGAUGAUGAUGGCAAUGGCAGCGGCAGUGAUAUGGAUGAACCAGCUGAAUUCAUAUGGGACAAAUGUUUACCGGAUCAAAUGUUUGUAUUCAGUGCUGACAACUUGCCAUACAUUCUCAACACAAUCAUCACCGAUAUUCAACUUCCUGUUCGUUCACGUCAAGAAAUCUGUGUACCAGCCAAUGUCGUAUUCUUGAGCGCCCGUUUUGCCCAUUACUUUUCAGGAGAUGAACUUUUGCAGCAAGUCAUGAAUGGUGCCGUUGAACGUAUUAGCAACGAAAUCAAGUCCAAUGCACGUAAUGUACACAUCUUGGCCUUUUGGAUCACCAAUGCGACACAGCUCUUGUAUUAUCUCAAAAAGGAUGUGGGGCUUGUUGUAGCCACUGCCGAGCAUCAAUUGCGUAUCUCUGAACUUGUAUCUGAAAUCUACAACUUGAUCAUCAAUGAUGCUGAGAGACGCUUGGCCAAGAUUCUUACACCAUCCAUGCUUGAGCAUGAGCAGAUACCUGGAAUGGAGGAUGUCAACUUUGCAGACGAUUGGCAACGAUUUUUCAGACGCAGUAGCCGACGCUCCGUUGUCGUGCCACCCGAUGGUGGUCUUGCAGUACAGAUGAAACGCAGCUCCAGUGUGCUUAGCACCAACAGCACAAUGGCCAAUACCAACAAUAGCGCAUGCGCUGCACAUGCUAUUUCACCACAAUCGAUCACAAGCUUAUUGACAUCAACGCUCUACGUGCUCCAAUCAUAUGAUGUACAUCCAGCCAUCAUUGUUCAAGCCCUUGCACAAUUCUUCCAUUACAUGUCAUGUGAGCUCUUCAAUCGCAUUUUGACCAACAAGAAGCUCUUGUGUCGAUCCAAGGCAUUACAAAUUCGUAUGAACAUGUCACAAAUCGAGGAUUGGAUCACGCAAGAGCACCUCCCUUCAAGCCUUGUCAGCUAUCUCGAGCCUACCAAUCAGCUAUUACAAUUACUACAAUGUUUGACGCAUUUGCAAGACUUGGUCAGCUUUAUUCACACCGUCAAGAAAUUUGAUGCUUUGAAUGCUUUGCAAGUGAAACGCUGUGUGACCAAUUAUCGCUACGAAGUCAAUGAGCCACGACUACCAGAGGAGAUUGAGAAAUACGCCAUUCAGCUUGCUGAGGAUACAGUGCGCUUCAAACAAGCACGAUCGAUUGAACAAUUACGCAAGAAAAAGAGCAACACAGCUAUGGCUCGUACUCAAAGUGUAUCGCUACGCCGUAGCCCAUCUCGUCGUGAGAGCGUAACGAACUUUGUGGGAUCCAUCAUGUCCAGUGUUGGUAUCACGACAUCCAACUCUUUGCCACCUACGCUGCCAUCAGAAGAAGAAGAAUCAUCAUCGUCACAGCAACAAGAGGAGAAAAAGAGCUCUGAAAGUAUCCAGGAACCGGAAAAACAAGCUAGCAAUGCAGAAGCCCCAUCAUCUUCAGCCGAUAAUAAGCGGCCAUCACGAUCCGAAUCCAGUGAAGAUGAAGAAGAGGAGCGACAAACGGAUGUGAAGGAAACACGUGAUUCGAAAUUCAUGCUUCCUUUCUCUGUACCAACUACAGCUCAUAUGGUCAGUAUCACUGGAUGGGCCCCUGAUAACGUCAAACGUCAAGAACGAAUGAUUUCACCCGUGAUUCCUGAUGAGUGGAUGGACAAGCUGGAUAAUGCCAAUACUUGCAUUGAGUAA